CACUUAGACUGGCGGUGCUAUUGUAAUAUAGUAUAGCCUACUUUUAUUAUACCGCUAGCUACGAUUGUCUGCGAUAUCAAUAUGUGUUGAAGCACCUUUUAAACCCACUCAGUUGCUAGCCUGUCUAUAUUAUGGCGUGUAUAACGAAAGGGAUUAGUUGCAGGAACUAAUACCGUUAUUAUACGACCGGCUACAAUAUUGUCUGCAUAUUUAUGUGAAAGUGUGCGUCAAGCCAACUUCUGUCAGUCCCGAACAACGACGGUAGCUCCCUACCACGUUGACGGAUUAUUGUGCUUGUAUUGGAACAGAUUAGUUAAAGUGACUAUUAGACUAUGUGUACGACAUUCCAUGACACCGGUUUAUAGCAAUAUUUAUAUAUAUAUAUUCUGUACUAACAGGACAUUAAUUAAUUACUGAUUAAUUACAGGAACUUCUCACAGGACAAAAAUGUUUAUAGUGGCAGGGAGUUGUACACUUAUCAUAGCACCAAGUGUUUAUAUUAAAGAGGCAGAUUAUUUAAUUUAGCGUGUGAUUUAUGAAUUAAUUACUAAAUUAAUAGGCUAGGGGAGUACGAAUUAGUAGUCUAUAUUAUGCAUGGUGCCAGUGACAGACAUUACAAGCUUUCUACCUGUGAUACAUCAGGUAUGAUAUAGAGGGAUUUAAACUAGACCACAUGUUUCACAGGAUGGGUUGUGGGGCGAGUCUUGAUUCCCGAGACAGUGAUCAGUUGAAUGUUGUAGUGUUCGGUGCCACGGGAAUGAUAGGUGGGGCGGUUAUACGAGCACUGCUCAGAACUGGACCAAAGUUCAAGGUGAAAGCCGUAACAAGAACACCAACUAGUGACGCAGCAAGGCAAUUAGCUGAAGACGGUGUAAUAAUAGCCACAGCUGAUCUUAAUGAUAGUAGAAGUUUAGAACGAGCUUUGAAUGGAGGCUCAUGUGUUUUUCUAUCAACACAUUAUUGGGAACAUCUUAAUAAAGAUAAAGAAAUUCACCAGGGUAUGAAUGCCGUUGAUGCAUGUGUGGCCUGUGACGUACAGCAUAUAAUAUUUCUAGGAGCAGAGAACUCUAAACGUGUUACAGGCAAGGAUUGUGGUUACCUCGAGGCUAAAUCUGCUAUAGAAGAAUAUAUUGUAGAAAGGAGUGCACCAGGUCAAGGACAUACCUUAAACUACACAUUUCUACGUCUGCCAUUUUUAUAUGAUAAUUUAUUGAGUUUAUUUAAACCUCAUUUGGUGAAACCAGAUGUCUACGCUUUAGCGCUGCCAUUAGAAGAUACCAGCAUAGAAUGUAUGAGCAUUAAUGACGUAGGAAGGUGUGUUUAUACCAUAAUAACCCGACCUAAACAGUAUUUCAACAAAACUAUUCGACUAUCAGUAGAUCGGUUAACCGUUCAACAGAUGGCGGAUAUCCUUACUAAACAGAUAGAAGACAAGAGAUUCGUUUGUCCAAAGAUAAGGAUAAAGGAUUAUGAAAAGUUUGAGUUUAAGGGUGCAGCCGACUUAGCCGCAAUGUUUGAAUUCUAUCAGGUCAGUGAACAUGGCGGCGAUAUAAAAUUAACUAAAAAACUUUACGGUAGUGUUAGUCUGUUUGAUAAAUGGGUGCACGAAAACAAAGAAAAAUUCUUGGAUGUAUUAAAAGAAGAAUAAAACUAACAACACUAAAAAUAAAAACUUCAAAGAGCUUUACAUAGAGCUAGACGCGUACGUCCCUAACACAGAUACGAAUUUAGAGCUAGAUUCGGGAGUCCUAAAGAAUCGACAGUUUUCUUAAAUAGCUGAAACAUUAUUUAGCCUUACAUCCGUUAUGACGGGCACAAGACACGAUGUGGGAUAUACAUGCAGCUCGAACCACCUAAUACCGCUUUACACUGACCAGGAUAUCAUGUUUUACCCGUUGAAAAUAUGGCAAAUUACAAUUAUUGUCUAAAUUGUGAUAUAUAUAAUUUAUUGUCCCGGAUGCGUGUUCAGGCGAUUACUCUGGCAGCGUGUCUGUAGGCGAAUAUUCGAGCAAUGUGUGUGCAGACGAAUACUAUAGCAACAUGUAUGCAGACGAAUACUCCAGCAACAUAUAUGCAGACGAAUACUCCAGCAACGUGUCGACGGAUACUCCAGUAACGUGUUGACGGAUACUCUAGCAACGUGUCGACGGAUACUCCAGUAACCUGUAGACGGAUACUCCAGCAACGUGUCGACGGAUACUCCAGCAACCUGUAAACGAAUACUCCAGCAACAUGUGUGCAAUUGGAUACUUCAGCGACGUGUGAGUAGACGGGUACUUCGGCAACGCGUGUGCUGUAGAUGGACACUCCGGUAACGGGUGUGCAGGCGGAUACUCCGGCAACAUGUGUGUAGACGAAUACUCUUGCAAGGUAUGUGCAAGUGAAUACUCCGGCCGCGUGUGUACAGGUGGGAAGGUUAGUCGUUAAAAAGAAUGUCUUUUACGAUAUUGCUAAAUACAAACUAUGUGUAGACAGAAAUAGGACUGAGGUAUUACACUGUAUUUUACUAAAUAUCAUACGAACUGUACUAGGUACGUCAACUGCUGUGGGAAUUGUAUUCUUUCUGAGAUUUAUCUUUCCCUGCCAUAUGUGACUAUACAGCAACCACGCAUGUUUUGCUUUGACAAAAUACAUUUUUCGUGUACCCUUUGACAAGUAUAUUUAUCGCAUGCGUAUUGAGAAGGCAAAAAUAAAGUGCUUAUGUCAUUACAGGAAGAGUACAUUGUACCACCUUUCACAGCUCCUGUUAUAUGUGAUACGACACCGACUGUGAUAAUAUGUGAUACGACAGCUACUGUGAUAUGUGAUACGAUAAAUACAGAUACUUUACAAAGUUUCAAGACACCCCGUUCACACGCCACACUACAUUAAAGUCCGAUUUACAAAAAUCAUCAACAUGUUUAACCAGGUGACUACAACCGCCAGCCGGAUUUGAGUGACCAGAAGGGUCAAUAAAGUAGAAAAGGAUGUAUGAAGUGAAAUGUCUGAUUCGCCAAGCGGAGCGAAUUGCGAAUUUUACAUAACCUGACAUUUCUAACCAGCCAUAGCUAUUAGGGGUCUUAAAAUUAAAGACUACGCAGGCCCAAGGCUGUCACGGUAGAGACAAAAUCCGAUCAAGGAUAACCCACGAUAUCAAUUAUUUUUGCUGUGUUAUUUUCUAUGCAUUACAUUUCUGUUGUGACCGAUGUAAAUUAUCUUACCUCAGAAAUAAACAAUAAAAAUGGUUUAUAAGUAGUGUA